CACUGUCGUGCGCUGGCAAUUGCCUCUCAUCCUAUUUUACAGUAACAAAAAAAGAGAUUUUCUUUCCUAUAAAACGAAAGCGGAGUCUGAUGCAAUGGGUAACUACCUGCCCAGUUCUCUCUUCUCGCCAUAAAUUACGCCUGGCCGAUGACUGCCACAGCCAUUGUGGGUUAUCUCCUGUGGUGACUGCGGACUCAAGACUUUUCUUCCCGGCUGCAUCUCAACACCCACUGAUCUCACCGUUCCAGCAAAUCCCCCCGCCAGCGUAAACUCACCCCUCUUGCCCCUCUUCCCUCUUUCUUCUACUUCUAAGUAUCCCCUGAACCCCGUGCAGACCUGCGGGUGGAGCCAGAAUGGAGGAAACUUACAAUAACAGGACUUCCCUGUCUAAGGGGGCCAAGGACAUUGUCAAGGAGGCCAAGCGGCAUGCAAAAAAGAAAGUCAACAAGGUGGUGGACCGCGCCACAGACGGGUACUCGUCCCACCACAACUACAGCCGAUUCGAGGACGACGAGGACGAAGAUGAGGAUUUCUACCGGAACCCGCCGAGGCAGGGCGGAGAGGGCAACCAUGACAACGAGGAGGGCUCCAGCGAUGCUACAGAGGGCCACGAUGACGAGGAUGAGAUCUACGAGGGCGAGUACCAGGGGAUCCCCUCGGACAGGAAGCAGAAGGAGGGCCAGGUGGCACUGGGACAACCCAUGUCUGACGCCUCAAGGGACCGCAAGGGUCUGGAGGAGGAGAGGCAGGCGGAUGAGGAGGAGCUGGCCCAACAAUACGAGCUGAUCAUCCAGGAGUGUGGCCACGGGAGGUUCCAGUGGCAGCUGUUCCUGGUGCUCGGGCUGGCGCUCAUGUCAGACGGGGUGGAGGUGUUCGUGGUGGGCUUUGUGCUGCCCAGCGCAGAGACAGACAUGUGUGUGCCCAACUCCAGCUCGGGAUGGCUAGGCAGUGUGGUUUACCUGGGGAUGAUGGUUGGAGCGUUCUUCUGGGGAGGAAUGUCUGACAAAGUGGGCCGCAGACAAUGCCUCCUCAUCUGCAUGUCCACCAACGGCUUCUUCGCCUUCCUGUCCUCUUUUGUCCAGGGAUACGGCUUGUUCCUUGUUUGUCGUAUCUUUGCAGGCUUCGGGAUAGGAGGUGCUGUGCCCAUCGUUUUCUCCUUCUUUUCAGAGGUGUUGUCCAGGGAGAAAAGAGGAGAGCACCUCAGCUGGUUGUGUAUGUUCUGGAUGAUCGGAGAGAUAUAUGCCUCCGCUAUGGCCUGGGCCAUCAUACCACACUAUGGUUGGAGUUUCAGCAUGGGUUCGGCGUACCAGUUUCACAGCUGGCGGGUGUUUGUGGUCGUCUGUGCUCUGCCCUGUGUGUGUGCGGUGGUCGCUCUUACCUUCAUGCCCGAAAGUCCCAGGUUCUACCUUGAGGUGGGGAAGCAUGAUGAAGCCUGGAUGAUCCUCAAACAGAUCCACGACACCAACAUGAGAGCGCGUGGGCAACCGGAGAAAGUCUUCACUGUAAACAGGAUCAAAAUACCCAAACAGCUGGAUGAAUUGGUGGAAAUGGAGUCAGAGUCUCGCAACCGAGUUUCCAAGUUUUUCUUUAGGAUAAAGGCUGAAAUACACGGGAUCUAUCUGAAUCUCAUGAAGUGCUUCAACUACCCUAUGAAAGAAAACAUGACGCGACUGGCCAUAGUGUGGUUCACGCUGUCAUUCGGGUAUUAUGGUCUGUCAGUCUGGUUCCCUGAUGUCAUCAAACACCUUCAGGCAGAUGAUUAUGCCUCCAAAGUGAAGAUACACAGUGAUGAACGUAUUGAAGACUUCACCUUCAACUUCACUCUGGAGAACCAGAUACACAAAAACGGACUCUUUAUCAACGACCGAUUCAUCAAUAUGAAGCUGAAGUCCGUCACAUUCAUUGACUCUACCUUUCGUAACUGCUACUUUGAUGAUGUGAAAUCUGUGGGCUCCUUCUUCCGUAACUGCACUUUCAUUGAUGCUUUCUUCUACAACACUGACAUUGAUGAAAGCAAGUUGAUAGAUGGCACAGAGGUAGUCAACAGCACGUUCACUCACAACAAGAAAGGAUGCCAGAUGACAUUUGAUGAUGACUACAGUGCCUACUGGGUUUACUUCAUCAACUUCCUCGGGACGCUAGCUGUUCUGCCCGGCAACAUUGUGUCCGCGCUUCUCAUGGACAAAAUUGGCCGUCUGUCCAUGUUAGGUGGCUCCAUGGUGCUUUCGGGUAUCAGCUGUUUCUUUUUGUGGUUCGGCACCAGUGAGUCCAUGAUGAUUUUUAUGUUGUGCCUUUACAACGGCCUGAGCAUCUCUGCCUGGAACUCCCUGGAUGUCGUCACCACUGAGUCAUUCCCUACUAGCAGGAGAGGAACAGGCUUUGGGUUCUGCAACGCUCUCUGCAAGCUGGCUGCAGUCUUGGGAAACCUGAUUUUCGGUUCUCUUGUUGGCAUCACAAAGUCCAUCCCCAUCCUCAUGGCCUCGUCUGUGCUCGUCGGGGGAGGCCUGGUUGCACUCCGGCUGCCUGACACCAAGUCGAAUGUCCUCAUGUAACACCAGCUUGGCGUUCA